AUGUUGCUUGGAGCAGAAUUUUAUCAUCAACUCCUAAGUCCUGGUCAAAUACAACUUUCAAGGGAACUACCAAUUCUACAGAACACUGUGCUUGGCUGGAUCGUAUCUGGAAAAACUCAAAAUGCUAACGCAAUGAUUGCAACAUGUGGGAUAGCAUCAGAAGAUAGUUUUGAAAAUGCAAUAGAACAAUUUUGGAAGGUUGAGGAAGUUGAUACUCACUCAAAAGUCUUGUCAAGAGCAGAGCAACAAUGUGAAGCUCAAUUCACUCAAACUACAUAUCAGAAUGCCACGGGACGGUUCAUCGUACGUCUUCCCUUUAUAAAUGACAGAUUCGCUUUAGGAGAUUCGAAAGACAUUGCUACGAAUAGACUUUUAGCGUUAGAGCGUAGACUUUCAAGGGAUAGUUACCUCAAACGACAAUAUGUAGAUUUCUUAGAUGAAUAUGAAAAAUUGGGACACAUGACCGAGAUAGACAUGGAAAGGAUUAUGUCACCGCAUUAUUUUAUCCACCAUUGUGUUCUUAAACCUGACAGUACCACCACUAAGUUAAGUGUGGUAUUUGAUGCAUCAUCCAAAACAACAUCAGGACAAUCUCUCAACGACUUACUACACAUCGGACCAACUGUUCAAAGUGAACUAUUGUCUAUUCUGUUACGAUUUCAACUUCCUCGCUUUGUGUUUACUACAGACAUUGAAAAGAUGUAUCGACAAAUGCUUGUACAUCCAGAAGACAGACAAUGUCAGCUUAUUGUUUGGAGAAAUGAACCGAAUCAACCUAUAAAAUACUUUGAACUCAAUACAGUAACAUAUGGUACUACAUCAGCACCAUAUCUAGCAACCAAAUGUUUGCAAGCUUUAGCUGAUGACAAUAUGCAAAAUUAUCGAUUAGGUGCAUCUGCUCUCAAAGAAAACUUCUAUGUAGAUGAAUGUUUACACGGGGCAGAUAGUUUGAGAACAUUGUUGGAAACCCAGAGUCAGUUUAACAAAAUACUGACAGCAAGCGGUUUUAAAUUGCGAUUUGUUUCGUUGUUAGCUGUUAUAUUUGCCGUCAUUCGCAGCUGCAGUUUUGAAUAA